AUGUCUGAUAGUUCUAAAGAAAAAGAGAAAAGUAAGAAGAAAAUGAAUCAAACUGAACCAGCGUUAAGACCAACUGAUAUUACGGAACAAAAUUUGAAACAUUUGGAACAUACAAAAUUAACAAAACCAAUAAAUAAUUCAAAGUUUAUCGAGACAAAUAUUUCAUUAGUUUCAACGAAUUCAAGUUAUCAGGAUAAUUUAUUUCAAGAUGAUGAUGAUGAAGAUGAAGAUAAUGAUGAUGCAGAUUUAAAUCAAAGACAUAAUUUAUUAAUGGAUGAUAAUUCAUCAAUUGAUCAACAUAGUUCAAAUAAUUAUUUAAGUGAUCCAUUUUUAAGACCAUUAUCACAAAAUUCAUCAACUUCAUGUUUAUCAACUACAGCUACUAAAGAUGGAAUAGAAGGAAGAAGAUUAUAUCGUAAUAGUACAUUAAAUCAAUAUACUACAAAUUUAAUUAAUAAUAACCCUCAAUAUUAUCAUCAACCUUCCACGAGGUCACAUUUAAAUCAGCAUCAAACUUUACAAUCUCAACAAAAUAAUGAUGAUGCUAGUGAGACUGCUUUUGGCGAUAUUAGGUCUAAUGAUAGUAAUAAUGCAAGUAUAAUAAGUCUACAUCAAACUUCAAUUUAUCCAGAAAGUAGUAAUAAUAGUAAUAGCAUUCAAAUAGAUGAUUAA